AUGUCUAUGAUUGUCGCAAGUUGUUUUGAACAUAAACUACAGAUGUCUGACCACGAUGAUGAUGAUGAGUUUGAUGUAGCGCCUAAUUAUGAAAAGAUGCGUGGUAUGGGUUUCAUAUGCUGGCGUGAAAUACCUGGAACGAACGAUGAUCAUGAUGAUAAUACUGAUGAUGCUGAAGUGAAGACAAAGAAUAAGAAGAAACGAAAAGUUGAUGCCGUUGAAGCUGAACAGGAGAUUGAAACGCCUAUCAAAAAAGUGAAAGCAAAGAAGAAAAAGAAGAGCAAGAAGAAGAAACGAUCAAACGAAACAAAUGCAACAUCAGCACUUCAAAUAACUAAUGAAAACAAGGAGCGAGAACCACGAGAAGUAGAAGCAACUUCUCCGACAGAUGAUAUUGAAACAGCGAAAAAACUCUGGUUUGAUCUUCAUGUUCCCGACAAUAUCGUUCGUUCAUUAGUCGAACAAAAAUUCUUCGAUGCCACGCCAAUACAACGCUCGACUCUACCAGCUGCUAUUCGUGACAAGCAAGAUAUAAUCGGUGCUGCAGAAACAGGAAGUGGAAAAACAUUGGCAUUUGCCAUUCCCAUUUUGACGCAUAUGAAUCAAUUACUAGAAGAUAAUGAAAUAUCUUAUGGACAAUUUAUCGCUUUAAUUCUCACACCGACACGUGAAUUGGCCGUUCAAAUCAAAUCUCAUAUACAGAUUGCAUCUCGUUACACAAAACUAAAAACUGCAGUUCUUGUCGGUGGCAUGUCCACACAAAAACAAGAACGUUUACUAUCGCAAAAGCCUGAAAUCAUCGUUGCUACACCUGGUCGAUUUUGGGAACUAUUAGAAGAGAAUAAUUCACAUAUUACUGAUAUGUCCAAUCUUCGAUUUUUGGCGAUUGAUGAAACUGAUCGAAUGAUUGAAAAAGGUCACUUCGAAGAGCUCGAAAAAAUUCUGAGCUUAAUCAACAAUGAUGAUAAUAAUCAAUCACGUCAGAAAUUUGUUUUCUCGGCUACACUUAUGUUACAACCGACGGAUGAUAACGAGAAGAAAAAACAAAAGAAAAAAGGAGAUAAUCAAGAUAAACUGGCAACAUUAAUAUCCGCUGUUGGUAUGAGCGCUAAGCCGAAGAUAAUUGAUUUAACGAAAAAGUUUGGAACAGCUGAAAAAUUAACUGAAGCGCGAGUCAAUUGUGCCUUGGAAGAAAAGGAUUUAUAUUUGUAUUAUUUUCUAACAUUAUAUCCCGGUCGAACAUUGAUUUUCACCAAUAGUAUUGAUUGUAUCAAACGGCUACAAUCGAUUUUAACAAUACUAAAGAGAAAUCCAUUGCCAUUACAUGCUCAAAUGGAACAAAAACAACGAUUGACUAAUUUAGAAAAAUUCUCAAAAUCCCCGAAUGGUUUGUUAAUCGCAACCGAUGUUGCUGCACGUGGUUUGGAUAUUCCGAAUAUCAACCAUAUUAUUCAUUAUCAAGUGCCAAGAUCGACUGAAUUAUACAUUCAUCGUAGUGGUCGAACAGCGCGUGCUGAACGUGAAGGUUUGAGUGUCAUGUUCAUCUGUCCCGAAGAACUGUUUCUCUAUCGAAAAAUAAUCAAAACACUGAAUCGCGAUGAAGAUCUUCAGACAUUUCCUGUCGAUAAUACAUAUUUAACAAAUCUAAAACGACGCGUACGUCUCGCAACAGAGAUUUCUAAACUGCAUCAUCAAGCAGCUAAAGUGGCCAAUGAAACCAAUUGGUAUCAUAAAGCAGCGAAGGAAUUAGACAUCGAAUUAGAUGACAAUAUCCAAGACAUUGAAGUAGCAAAACGAGCAAAUACAAAGGAUAUACAGAAGAAAGAAAUGCAAUUACGUCAGGAACUUGAUUCAUUAUUAAAACAAUCAUUGAAAUACACAUCAGCGUUAAGUGUAAGUCGUUCAUAUCCACUUCUAUUUGGUGAUCCUGAUCAAUUAGCAUCAAGACGAAAAAAUGAUAUGACGGCAUUGGAAGAAUUGAAACAUCGAUCAUAA